AUGCAGGAAAAGUUGCCAGUGCAUGACUUAGCAAUUAAGGGUAUUGAAACUCAACUGGGGCAGCUGUCCAUGGCCUUAAAUAACCGCCCCCAGGGAACAUUUCUAGCCGACAUGAACAUUAACCCUAAGGAGCAAAACCUGAAUCAGCUGAUGGUAGUAAGUCUCCGGAAUGGGAGAGAUUUAGACAGGGAGCAAGAAGUUGGUCAAUCCAGAAGAGAGACUACACCAGCCACUCCAGUUCCAUUAGAGAUAGAUGAAUCAGCAGAACUCACUGAAGUGGUAGUUGAACAGGCUCAGGUUGAUAAGGGUAAGGCUAAAGAAAGUGAACAAGUUGUAAAACAAGUGGUACCUCUUGCGCCACAAAAGUCCAACAAAGAACAACCAGCAAGCAAUGGACAAAGAGUGAUGCCUGCAUCAUUCCCUCAGAGACUGAUGUCUGAUCCAGGUAGCUUCAGUAUUCCGUGCACUAUCGGGAGUUAUGCUUUUGCAAAAGCAUUGUGUGACUUAGGAGCCAGCAUAAACUUAAUGCCUUUGGCAAUAUAUACAAAACUGGGCAUUGGUAGAGCUAGACCGACUUCGAUGCUGUUGCAAAUAGCUAACCGCACGGUUAAAAGACCGACGGGGAUUCUUGAUGAUGUGCCGGUAGAUGAGGAGAUACCCAUCAUUCUGGGGAGGCCAUUCUUAGCCACUGGGUGA